AUGGCGAUGGCAAAUAACGGAAAGGUGGCCAAUAAGGUCUGCUUGAUUGUUAUCGACGGAUGGGGAAUCUCUGAUGAUCCGUACGGAAAUGCCAUUCUUAAUGCUCAAACUCCAGUUAUGGACAAAUUGUGUUCCGGCAACUGGGCUCAAAUCGAGGCUCACGGACUGCACGUCGGUCUUCCCGAGGGAUUGAUGGGAAAUUCGGAAGUCGGACAUUUGAAUAUCGGAGCUGGACGUGUCAUCUAUCAGGAUAUUGUUCGCAUCAAUCUUGCCGUCAAAAAUAAUCAAUUGGUUAACAAUGAGAACUUGGUCGACGCGUGCAACCGUGCAAAGAACGGAAACGGACGUCUCCAUCUGGCUGGACUCGUUUCCGAUGGAGGAGUUCAUUCGCAUAUUGACCACAUGUUCGCCUUGAUCAAAGCUAUCAAAGAGCUCGGCGUCCCGGAGCUCUACCUCCAUUUCUAUGGAGAUGGACGUGACACUUCUCCAAACAGUGGAGUUGGAUUCCUCGAGCAGACUCUCGAGUAUUUGGAGAAGACUGUUGGAUACGGAAAACUGGCCACAGUCGUCGGCCGCUACUACGCAAUGGAUCGUGACAAGAGAUGGGAGCGUAUCAAUGUUGCGUAUGAGGCAAUGAUCGGAGGUGUCGGAGAGACUUCUGAUGAGACUGGAGUCGUCGAAGUUGUUCGCAAGCGUUAUGCCGCUGAUGAGACUGACGAAUUCCUGAAGCCAAUCAUUCUUCAAGGAGAGAAGGGACGUGUUCAGAACGACGACACUCUCGUCUUUUUCGAUUACCGUGCCGAUCGUAUGCGUGAGAUUUCGGAGGUAAUGGGAAUGGAACGAUACAAGGAUUGCAACUCGAAACUGGCGCAUCCAUCGAAUGUCCAAGUGUACGGAAUGACUCAAUACAAGGCGGAGUUCCCAUUCAAAUCACUCUUCCCACCAGCAUCCAACAAGAAUGUGUUGGCCGAGUGGCUCGCCGAGCAAAAAGUCUCUCAAUUCCAUUGUGCUGAGACUGAGAAGUACGCUCACGUCACGUUCUUCUUCAACGGUGGAUUAGAGAAACAAUUCGAAGGAGAGGAGAGAUCUCUGGUGCCAAGUCCAAAAGUGGCCACUUAUGAUCUUCAACCGGAGAUGUCGGCUGCCGGUGUCGCUGACAAAAUGGUCGAACAGAUCGAGGCGGGCACUCAUCCGUUCAUUAUGUGCAACUUUGCUCCACCUGAUAUGGUCGGACACACGGGAGUCUACGAGGCGGCUGUCAAAGCGUGUGAGGCGACUGACGUGGCGAUCGGACGGAUCUACGAGGCGACACAGAAGCACGGAUACUCACUCAUGGUCACUGCGGAUCACGGAAAUGCGGAGAAGAUGAAGGCACCGGACGGUGGAAAGCAUACGGCACACACGUGCUAUCGUGUUCCGUUGACACUCAGCCAUCCCGGAUUCAAGUUUGUUGAUCCAGCCGAUCGUCACCCGGCUCUCUGCGACGUCGCGCCGACAGUUCUCGCCAUUAUGGGACUCCCUCAACCAGCUGAGAUGACCGGCGCAUCAAUUGUUCAAAAGAUUUAA